GUUUGUAAACAUUAGUGUCAGAAUGCCUUCAGGCCACAUGUAAAAAUGGUAAUCAUCGUAUUAAUAUUAGGAACUUCGCAGAAAUCAGGUUAACUGCCCUACUACGUGUGUAACAGAAGACUGCACAGGGAGAACAUCGAAGUUCUGUAUGUGGUGUGACUGUCGUCAAACAUGAGUCAGUGGAGGCUGUCCCACUCACAUUUCCGAAGCAAGAGAUGGAGCUUCUAUCUGUUAAGGAAGAACCUUUGGAUUGGGAGGUGCCUGAUGGCCAUGUUAGCACACAGGAGCCACUAAAUGUCGUUAAAGAGGCAUGUUCACCUUCAGAUGAUUGUCUCGGGCCUAGAACACUCAAUACUAGAAAGACAGAGGAUGACAAAGAUGAGGAGGCAAUGAGUGAGGAUGAUUUUGUGGUGGUCAAGCAUGAAGUGGAAUCAGUAGGUAGUGACAGCGAACAAGAAAGUGCUCUCCCUGUUGGCAUGGAGAACAUCAAGCAUAAUGAUGACAGCAGCAGUUUGGUUUCCAACGUUUCUCUGGGUGCAGGAACAGGCAACAGGAUACAAUGCACCACCAAGGAGGAUACACCCUUUGGGAAUAAGAGUGAUACAGUGCAUGUGGGCCACAGACGUGGCAUCUGCAAAAAGACAUUCGCACAGUUGCAGGAAAUGAAGAAGCACGCUCACUUGGAGAGGCGUGAGCUUCUGCAUCUGUGUGGUGUUUGUCACAAAACAUUCACAAUGGGUAGCAGUUUGAAGAGGCACUUCCUCUUACACACUGGUGAACGCCCUUACGUCUGUGGGAUUUGCAGCAAGACAUUUACACAAAGUUAUCAUCUGAAACUGCAUUCGAGGCUACACUCUGGUGAACGUCCCUACGUCUGUAGUGUUUGCAGCAAGUCAUUCAUACAAAAUAGUGACAUGAAGCGGCAUUUGCUGUUGCACACUGACAUACACCCAUACAAGUGUGAUGUUUGUCACAAGUCAUUCAUACAAAAUAGUGAACUGACACAGCAUUUGCUGUUGCACACUGAUGAACACCCAUACAGAUGUGUCGUUUGCAAGAAGACAUUCGACCAAAAUACUGAACUGAAGGAGCAUUUGCGGGUACACAUUGAUGAAUGUACAUACAGUUGUGGCAUAUGUAACAAGACAUUCAUGCGAAAUAGUCAGCUGAAGAGGCAUUCACAGUUGCACACUAACAAAACUGCUAAAUCUGUGAAACGUGUCAUAAGAGAUUCAAGAGCAUCAGCAAGUUGAAGGAACACUCACAGCUGCUGCACACUGGUGGAAACCACAAAGUUGCAACAUUUGUCAAUAGGAUUUCUGUUAUUGCAGCAACCUGAGAAUAGUUUCUCUCAUGAGUUAAUGCCCAUCUUAUGUAUUUUCAUAAAGAUUCGCAAUGAGUUACAGACUGUAGAAGCAUUCAUUUUUGCUCACAUCUGCAGCUCAUGGUCUAGUGGCUAGUGUUGCUGCCUCUGAAUCAUGGAGUCGCAGGUUCAAUUCCCAGCCAGGUUGGGGAUUUUCUCUGCCCGGGGACUGAGUGUUUGU